UGGCUGGUUGGUGGGAGUCGCUCUUCGGACACCCGUGUUUUCACGUUUAUAAUCACGGCUUCGCGGUGUUGGAGGACUAGUCGAGUAGUCAACCGUCGACCAUCCGCUCGAGAUGAAUACGUUGUUGAUCGUGGCGCUAACGCUCGGGCUUGCCUGGGCCCAAGCUGAACUCGAGGAGGUCUACGGGUGGAAGCAGAUGGAAUUCGCCUGGCCCGACGAGAAAACCAAGCAAGAUGCGCUCCAAUCGGGCGCCUACAUUCCGGAAAACAAUCUGCCUUUGGGAAUUCAGAAAUGGAAGAAUAAGUUGUUUGUGACGGUUCCCAGAUGGAAGGCGGGAGUUGCUGCGUCCUUGAACGUUCUCGACACGGAUAAACCCAAUAAAACGGCGGCAUUGGUACCUUAUCCUGAUUGGACGGCGAACACAUUACCGCCGGCGGGCGCCGAGAAAGUCCCCGACAACACCGUCGUUUCUGUAUUUCGUACGCGCGUCGACGUUUGCGACCGCCUUUGGGUGAUGGACACCGGCCUGGCCGACAUUCUCGGCGAGCCAAGACAGAUCACUAAACCCGCGCUGGUCAUUUUCGACCUUAAUACGGACAAGCUCAUCCGACGCUACGAGUUUAAAGCCACCGACUUAAAGGAGGAUUCUUUCUUUGCCAAUGUCGUUGUUGAUGUGACGCCCGACAGAUGCGACAAGGCGUACGCAUACGUGCCGGAUUUAGGCGGGUACGGCGUGGUUGUCUACUCGUUGGCCGAGAACGACUCAUGGCGCGUGACACACAACUUCUUCCACUUUGAUCCGCUCAAGGGUGACCUCACCGUCGGCGGGGUCAAUUUCCAGUGGACAGACGGCGUGUUUGGUCUUGCGCUUUCUGAACCAAAGGCAAAUGGUCAACGUUUGAUGUAUUUCCAUGCACUGGCAAGCACCAAGGAGUUCUCGGUGCCCACAGGCGUCCUGCAAAACAAAACAUUGGCGACUGAUCCACACAACUACUACAUGUUCAAGCUCGAGGGCGAUCGCGGCCACAACACGCAGGCAACCUCCAGUGCAUAUGAUGAGCGCACCAAGAUUUUAUUCCUGACACAACUGAAUAAAGAUGGUGCGGCUUGCUGGAACACGCAACGAGGACUCAGCCCCUCCAGCUUAGGGACCAUUGCCAAGGACCCAGAGCGUCUAAUCUUCACCAAUGAUAUUAUGCUCGCCGACGACUACGUUUACAUGUUAUCAGACAAAAUGUCCCUCUUUCUAUACAAGUCCCUGCAGCCGGACGAGGUCAAUUACAGGAUAAUGCGCAUCAAAGUGCAGGAUGCGAUUCGCGGCACUCCUUGCGCGGGCUAUUGAACGCAUCGAACAUAUUUUGUAUUUGUAAAUACGUAUGUUAAUUGAAUAUAGUUUAGAAAGUUGGCUUAGAA